UUGAUCGUCCAAUUUGUAAUCUCAUCAUCAUAGUAAAGAUUAUGCAGCAUACGAGAAAUAAUGCAUAGUUGUAAUGCGUUUAGAUCUCACAACAGUAACACGAUCUAGUACUCGAUCCAACAAUUAUACGUUAUAACGUGAUUAGAACCGUCUGAUCCAUUUCAACGUUCACUGUUAUAUUUUCUCGCACUUUCCACGAGUCAAUAUAUAAUGAAUUAAUUAAGUAUCAUAAUAUUUGGGGACACGUGUCCGCCGAUACAAAUCAGAAACAAGUCUCGAAAAAGAAACACCCAAAAAUUAAAUAAAAAAACGAGAGAAAAAAUAAAACAAACAGACAAUUUUUCCAAUCAAAUCACUCCCAUUCCCAGGGGAAAGAAAACAAACGGAAAACCUGCUCCGAAGAAGAAGAAGAAGAAACCGAAAUCUCCGGCCACCGCCAGUUCUUUUUUUUACCUUAGAUGAAGAACGUCUUCUUCUGAUUCAGAAAUCCCGGACAACCCACGAUCAAAAACAAUGGCGGUUCUACAGUCAUCUUCUUCUUCCUCGGGACAAUCGUCCAUAUCGCCGUCGUCGGCGAAGAAACAGGCGCUGUUCAUAGUCUCCCUGGUCACGCUAUGGUACUCAUCCAACAUCGGCGUCCUUCUCCUCAACAAAUUCCUCCUCUCCAAUUACGGGUUCAGGUUCCCAAUCUUCCUCACAAUGUGCCACAUGUCCGCCUGCGCCAUCUUCUCCUACAUCUCGAUCGUCUUCCUCAAAGUGGUGCCCCUCCAGACGUUGAAAUCGAGGCAGCAGCUCCUCAAGAUCUCGACGCUCAGCGUCGUCUUCUGCGCCUCGGUUGUCGGCGGCAACAUUUCCCUCCGUUACCUGCCUGUUUCUUUCAAUCAGGCCGUCGGCGCCACCACGCCGUUCUUCACCGCCGUGUUCGCUUACUUGAUGACGUUUAAGCGGGAGGCUUGGGUCACUUACUUCGCCCUCGUCCCUGUCGUUAUCGGCGUCGUCAUCGCCAGCGGGGGGGAACCAGGUUUUCACUUGUUUGGAUUUAUCAUGUGCAUCAGUGCAACUGCUGCGAGGGCUUUUAAGUCUGUUCUUCAGGGCAUUCUGCUUUCUUCUGAUGGAGAGAAGCUGAACUCGAUGAACUUGCUGCUCUACAUGUCACCGAUUGCUGUUUUCGUGCUAGUCCCUGCAGUGAUCGUGAUGGAGCCUGACGUGUUGAGUUACACAUUGGCGCUCGGGAGGAAAGACAAGUUCAUGUGGUUGCUACUCAUACUCAAUUCCUCACUCGCCUAUUCCGCCAACUUGACCAACUUCUUGGUCACCAAACAUACCAGCGCAUUGACCCUCCAGGUGCUGGGGAAUGCGAAAGGAGCAGUAGCUGUGGUGAUCUCCAUCUUCAUAUUCAGGAACCCGGUUACCUUCAUCGGGAUCGGUGGGUACACCAUCACUGUACUUGGAGUGGUUGCUUAUGGAGAGACCAAGAGAAGGUUUAGAUGAAUGAGAAAGGGAUGAAUUCCCUCCUCUUUCUUUUCUUUUACCCUUCAUGUUUUCACAAAAGAUGAUUAGGGAAUCCCCCCAUCUUUUCUCAGGCUUCUGCAUAUGGGAGGAUGAAUUUUGAUUCAUUUACUAGAGAGAGACAUAGCAUUGCUAUGUUGUUUUGUAUAUUUAAGGUAGGAAUGACUGAAGUGGGAGACUUCUAGCAAAUAUUGAUCCUUUCUAUAAAAUCCCAAUUUUAAUUUUAACUGCGAUUUUUCGUGACUUCAGUUUUCACGAAGGAGGACCUUGAUGCGACAUUGUUAACACUCAUUACAUUCAUUAGAGUAAAUUUGCAAUUCGUUUAAAGCGAACUCGAGAAUAUACUGUCGAGAAAGUA